AUGCGUGCCUCCGUUGUUAUCCUUGGCUUCCUUGCCACCCUCACCUUCGCGCUUCCCGAAGCCCGCCCCGACGCCGCGAUUUCGUGCCAAUCUGAGACCAUGACAUGUACUUCUGAUAGCUGUGCGGGCGCAGGAUGUUGCUGCGAGGGCCUUACUUGCGCGUCUAAUGGUACAUGCACACAGUUCUAG